UCCGGUCUGAGUUUUUUCAAAAUUUGAAAAUCUUUCUCAGUUUUUGUCAUAUAAUUGUAGAUUGAUGACAUGGGUAGUCUAGAUGAAAUGAUGAAUUUGCCUCCGGGAAAACUAUCCGAACCAGUAAAAACAAUUGAGGAGAAGUGGAAACUCCUUCCUGCAUUUUUACAGGUCAAGGGACUUGUCAAACAGCACAUUGAUUCAUUCAACUACUUCAUUAAUGUUGGGAUCAAGGAUAUCAUGAAGGCCAAUGACAAGAUCACCAGUGAUGCAGAUCCACAGUUUUACAUGAAAUACUUGAAUAUAUAUGUAGGUAUGCCAGAUGUUGAAGAAGGGUUCAAUAUUACCAAACCUAUUUCUCCACAUGAGUGUCGUUUACGUGAUAUGACCUAUUCAGCCCCACUAACAGUCGAUAUAGAAUACACCAGAGGGCAUCAACGUAUUGUGAGGAAUAAUCUGCCAAUUGGGAGGAUGCCAAUAAUGCUGCGGAGCUCAAACUGUGUCCUGAGUGGCAAAUCUCCCGCAGAACUAGCCAAGUUAAAUGAGUGUCCUGUAGACCCUGGAGGAUAUUUUGUUGUGCGAGGUACAGAGAAGGUAAUCUUGAUCCAGGAGCAACUGUCAAAAAAUCGGAUGAUUGUUGAAGCUGACAGAAAAGGAGUUGUUGGUUGCUCCGUAACAAGCUCCACACAUGAAAAGAAGAGUAAAACAAACCUGGUUCAGAAACAUGGCAAGUUCUAUCUUAAACACAACACAUUUACUGAGGAUGUGCCCAUAGCAAUAGUAUUCAAAGCGAUGGGGAUUGAAUGUGACCAGGAAAUUGUACAGAUGAUAGGCAGUGAGGAGAAUGUCUUAACUGCAGUUGCCCCCAUGCUAGAAGAAUGCCACAAAGCUCAAGUCUUUACACAGACACAGGCACUGAAGUAUAUUGGGCAGAAAGUACGACAGAGGCGCAUGUGGGGGAGCAGUAAUAAGAAAUCCAAAACUGAUGAGGCUAGAGACAUACUUGCAACCACUGUGCUUGCCCAUGUUCCUGUUGAACGCUGGAACUUUAAGCUGAAAGCUGCGUACUUGUCUCUCAUGGUACGUCGUGUAAUCCUAGCACAAGGAGACACAGUGAAAGUAGACGAUAGAGAUUACUAUGGCAACAAGAGAUUGGAAUUGGCAGGUCAACUUCUCUCCUUACUGUUUGAAGAUCUCUUUAAAAAGUUCAACACAGAGUUGAAGCUGAUUGCUGACAAAACUAUCCCAAAGCCUCGAGCAGCUCAGUUUGAUAUUGUGAAACAUAUGCGUCAAGACCAAAUCACCAAUGGAUUGGUGCAUGCAAUAUCUUCAGGCAACUGGUCCAUUAAGAGAUUCAAGAUGGAGCGUGCAGGUGUCACCCAAGUUCUUUCCAGGUUGUCCUUUAUAUCUGCAUUAGGCAUGAUGACAAGAAUCUCCAGUCAGUUUGAGAAAACACGUAAAGUUAGUGGUCCAAGAUCCCUACAGCCGUCCCAAUGGGGAAUGCUGUGUCCCUCAGAUACACCUGAGGGGGAGGCCUGUGGGCUUGUGAAGAACCUCGCUCUCAUGACGCACAUCACCACAGACCUGGAUGAGGGCCCAUUGGUCCAGCUAGCGUUCAAUCUAGGAGUAGAGGAUAUACAUAUGCUUAGUGGAGAGGAGAUGACGUCACCACAUGUUUAUUUGGUCUUUAUAAAUGGAAACAUACUUGGGGUGGUUCGUGACUAUAAGCGUCUGGUGCGGAUGUUUAGACUGCUACGUAGAUCUGGCUAUGUCAAUGAGUUUGUAUCCAUCUGUCCGAAACACAAUCAUAGGUGUGUCUACAUCUCAUCUGACGGAGGCAGGGUCUGUAGGCCCUACAUUAUAGUAGAGAAAGGUUUACCCAAAGUGGCUACGAGACACAUUGAGGAAUUGACACAAGGCUUCAGGAGCUUCGAUGACUUCCUGCAUGAGGGACUGGUUGAAUACUUAGAUGUGAAUGAAGAAAACGAUUGUAUGAUUGCACUAUAUGAGAAAGACAUUACAAGAGAGCACACACAUUUGGAGAUUGAGCCAUUUACUCUGCUUGGAGUAUGUGCAGGACUGAUCCCAUACCCUCAUCACAAUCAAUCUCCCAGGAAGACAUUUGUAUUGAUAACAAGCAUAUUUCACAUGGAUCACACACAUUUGGAGAUUGAGCCAUUUACUCUGCUUGGAGUAUGUGCAGGACUGAUCCCAUACCCACAUCACAAUCAAUCUCCCAGAAACACAUACCAGUGUGCUAUGGGAAAGCAGGCAAUGGGUACCAUUGCUUACAAUCAGAGGAACAGGAUAGACACGCUCAUGUACAACCUUGUAUACCCACAUACACCCAUGGUCAAAACUAAGACAAUAGAGUUAAUAGGCUUUGAGAAGAUGCCAGCUGGUCAGAAUGCUACAGUUGCAGUGAUGAGUUUCAGUGGAUAUGACAUAGAGGAUGCUCUAGUGCUCAAUAAGGCAUCUGUAGAUAGAGGAUUUGGUCGUUGCUUGGUUUACAGAAAGCAGAAUGUGACCUUGAAACGCUAUGCCAACCAGACUUUUGAUAAGGUGAUGGGACCAAUGGUAGAUGCCACUACCAGGAAACCCAUAUGGAGACAUGAGAUUCUGGAUGCUGAUGGGAUAUGUGCCCCAGGUGAGAAAGUUGAAAAUAAGCAGAUUCUAGUGAAUAAGUCUAUGCCUACAAUGACCAACACACAGGUGCAAGCUUCGGGACAACCCGCCGCACCUGAAUAUAGAGAAGUCCCUGUCAGUUAUAAAGGAGCUGUUCCUUCCUACAUUGAGAAGGUGAUGAUAUCAUCCAAUCCUGAGGAAGCAUUCCUAAUCAAGGCACUACUGAGACAGACUCGUACUCCUGAAAUAGGAGACAAAUUCAGCAGUAGGCAUGGACAGAAGGGGGUGUGUGGAUUGAUUGUGCCCCAGGAGGAUAUGCCAUUCACAGACCUGGGAAUCUGCCCAGACAUUAUCAUGAAUCCCCAUGGUUACCCAUCACGUAUGACUGUUGGGAAACUACUGGAGCUCAUGGGAGGGAAGGCUGGUGUCUUGGCAGGGAAGCAACACUAUGGCACAGCUUUUGGAGGUAAUAAAGUGGAGGAGUAUUCAGAGAUUCUCAUCAACAAUGGCUUCAACUACCUUGGCAAGGACUAUGUCACAUCUGGCAUUACAGGGGAGCCACUGAGUGCUUAUAUAUUCUUUGGGCCAAUCUACUACCAGAAACUGAAGCAUAUGGUACUUGACAAGAUGCACGCCAGGGCCAAGGGGCCACGUGCUGUGUUGACACGACAACCAACCGAGGGAAGAUCUAGGGAUGGAGGCCUUAGACUCGGAGAGAUGGAACGGGAUUGUCUUAUUGGAUAUGGUGCAAGUAUGCUGCUGUUGGAACGUCUCAUGAUCUCGAGUGAUGCUUUUGAAGUAGAUGUGUGCAAUAAAUGUGGUCUCCUAGCAUAUUCAGGCUGGUGCCAUUACUGUAAAUCCAGUACAGACGUGUCUUCUCUGAAAAUGCCAUAUGCAUGUAAACUGCUAUUCCAAGAACUCCAAUCUAUGAACAUUGUGCCAAGAUUGACUCUGUCAAACUAUAACAGCGAGGAGACCAAAUCAUAGCAUGAGCUACAUGGACAAUAUAGAGUGUGUUUGAUAAGUUAUAAAUCACGUUCCACUUGCUAAUGUAUGAAUGUGAGACUUAUCAAGGAGUAUCAAGGAAGUUAAACCUGUGCUGUAGAGGAUACAGAUAAACCACGGAACUUAAGAUAAGUUGUAAAACCUUAUGGACUAAUGAUGAGUUAACCUUUGAACUUAGCUGCUAGAGCUACAUAUGAACUAAAGAGGCUAUGGAUUUUAGCCUUGGAACUUAUAAAUAAGUUAUGACUCAGCCCUGGGCUGCAUAUGAGCUAAAAGGCUAUGGAUUAGCCAUGUAGUAAAGUAUGUGCAUUAGCCACGUGUAUCGAGGCAGUUAAUGAAAUAUGCUAGAAUACAUGAUUUUUUUCAUGAUUCAAAUCGGUUAUUAUGUUAUUUUCUUCUACAUGCUGAUAUUGUCUCUGGGCCUGUAGUCUUUAUCUUUAUUUGCAAGACAUAGAACAAUAGAUGAGUUCAAUUUGCAACAGUUUCAUAAUUGUAAUAUAGCAAAAUCUCGUUUCUGAACAAGAUUGCCAAUUUAAGUCAUUGUCAAAAACCAAUAUAAAAAAACCAAAUAUCCCCCAAAUGAAAUAAUCGCCAGUGUUUUGAAAAUGGCAGAUUUGCCAUAAUAUUUUGUCAGGUUAUCAUUCCUG